UGACAUUAAUGAUCGUUGCUGAUUCCGCUAUAAGCGGUGAUGCCGCAGCGGCCUAUAAAAGACCGAUAUUUAGUCCGCGCUGUUUUCUUAAGUAACCUCAGUGUUAUUUUAACAGUGAAGUUGGCCGGUUCGAAAGUAACCUGAUCCGUUCCAAGCCCAACCACAGCCAGUUUCAGAGCGAAGUACGAACACUGCAAACAUACAAUAAAACCAAUUAAAUAUCUACAUUUUCCGUUUAGAUUUAAAACUAUAAAUAUGUGUGGAAUCUUUGCCUAUCUGAAUUACCUAACGCCAAAGUCGCGACUGGAAGUGCUUGAUUUGCUCGUCACGGGCUUGAAAAGGUUGGAGUACCGCGGCUACGAUUCCACCGGCGUGGCAAUUGACUCUCCUGAUAAUAAAAACAUCGUUAUGGUCAAGCGUACCGGAAAGGUUAAAGUGCUUGAAGAGGCGAUUCAGGAGCACUUUAGCGGAGGAGGUUAUAGCGAUCCCGUUCUCACACAUAUCGGCAUUGCCCAUACCCGCUGGGCCACCCAUGGCGUUCCUUGCGAGAGAAACUCCCAUCCACACCGUUCUGAUAACAAAAACGGAUUUGUCGUUGUCCAUAACGGCAUCAUCACAAACUACAACGAUGUAAAAACCUUCCUGACGAAGCGAGGUUACGAAUUCGAGUCAGACACUGACACCGAGGUAUUCGCCAAGCUGGUACACCACCUGUGGAAAACUCACCCCACCCACUCUUUCCGCGAGUUGGUUGAACAGGCUAUCCUCCAGGUUGAAGGCGCCUUUGCUAUUGCUGUGAAGUCCAAGCAUUUUCCUGGAGAAUGUGUGGCUUCGAGGCGGAGUUCGCCUCUAUUGGUCGGCAUUAAAACAAAGACUCGCCUAGCAACUGACCACAUACCCAUUCUUUACGGAAAAGAUGACAACAAGCUAAGCCUCGAUCAAGAUGCCGACUCUGGAAAGCCCCAAGAAAUUCGUCCGCAUGGGCAAUCCCGUAAACUGCCAGUUCUUCCCCGUUCAGAGAGCACUUCUGAGAUCAUGCCAUUGGAAGAGAAGGAGGUAGAAUAUUUUUUUGCAUCAGACGCGUCGGCCGUCAUCGAGCACACUAACCGUGUUAUCUAUCUGGAGGACGACGAUGUUGCUGCUGUUCGUGGUGGUACUUUAAGCAUUCACCGUUUGAAGAAGAGUCUGGAAGACCCACACGCACGGGAAAUUACUACUUUAAAGAUGGAAAUUCAACAGAUCAUGAAAGGGAACUACGAUUAUUUUAUGCAGAAGGAGAUUUUCGAGCAGCCCGACUCAGUAGUCAACACGAUGCGCGGUCGUGUGCGCUUUGACUGUAACUCAAUUGUGCUCGGCGGAAUCAAAGAAUUUAUCCCAGAGAUCAAACGAUGUCGCCGCCUCAUGCUAAUUGGAUGUGGAACUUCUUACCACAGUGCAGUAGCUACCAGACAGCUGCUUGAGGAGCUUACUGAACUACCAGUGAUGGUAGAGCUGGCUUCCGACUUUCUGGAUCGGAACACACCAAUAUUCCGCGACGACGUCUGUUUUUUUAUAUCCCAGUCCGGAGAGACCGCUGAUACCCUAAUGGCUUUGCGUUAUUGUAAGCAGCGUGGUGCCCUUAUCGUAGGCAUAACAAACACAGUAGGUAGCAGCAUUUGCCGCGAAUCCCACUGUGGAGUCCACAUUAAUGCAGGCCCAGAGAUUGGAGUAGCCUCAACUAAGGCCUAUACCUCCCAAUUUAUUUCCUUGGUGAUGUUUGCGCUGGUAAUGUCCGAGGACCGCUUUUCCCUACAACAAAGACGGCUCGAGAUUCUUCAGGCCUUGUCCAAACUUGCAGACCAGAUUCGAGCAGUUCUUAAGCUGGACUCAAAAGUUCAAGAGCUGGCCAGGGACCUGUACCAACACAAGUCGCUACUGAUAAUGGGCCGCGGAUACAAUUUCGCUACCUGCCUAGAAGGCGCUCUGAAAGUUAAGGAGCUUACCUACAUGCACAGCGAAGGUAUAAUGGCUGGUGAACUAAAGCACGGCCCUUUAGCACUUGUUGACGACUCCAUGCCAGUCCUAAUGAUAGUUCUUCGGGAUCCCGUCUAUGUCAAGUGUAUGAACGCUUUGCAGCAGGUCACAUCUCGCAAGGGCUGCCCAAUUAUUAUAUGCGAGGAGGGCGACGGAGAGACCAAGGCGUUCUCUUCUCGUCACCUGGAAAUUCCGCGAACCGUUGACUGCCUACAGGGAAUACUUACCGUAAUACCAAUGCAACUUCUAUCCUAUCAUAUUGCAGUGCUGCGCGGAUGCGACGUUGACUGCCCCAGAAACCUAGCAAAAUCAGUGACGGUUGAAUAGAACAUAUUGAUUCUCUACAAAAAAAACUGUGUUUACUUACAAUUGGAGCUAGGCAAUUAUUAAAGAUAUGUAGAAAACUUUCUAAGGAAAAUUUUGAAAUGCAUUAAAUGGUUUUUAAAUACGUUGAA